AUGUAUAAGUUGUGCCUUGUCAUCGCGGUGUGCGGUGCGUUGGCCCCGCGGAGCCUCGCAGCGCCACGGGCCCUGGCUGCAGGUCACAGGUCAGAAGCUGCCAGCGACGUGGAGCAGGAGGAGAUCGACGGCCAGGAGAGCAUCCUCUCCAAGCUGCUGGGUGAUUAUGACAAAGUGAAAGCCCUCUCGGAAGGCGCUGACUGUCGGUGUCAAUGUGUUGUCAGACCCCUGAGCCGCAGCGCCUGUCAGCGGAUAGAGGAAGGCAGCGCCACGGCGCAGGACUUCUUCACCGUGGAGACCAUCACAUCUGGACCAGCCUGCAAGUGCGCCUGCAUAGCCCCCCCGUCCGCGGUCAACCCGUGCGAGGGGGAGUUCAGGCUGAAGCGACUCAGGGAAGCUGGGAAGGAGAAUGUCAAGUUGUCCACCAUCCUGGAGCUGCUGGAGGGUUCCUUCUACGGCAUGGACCUGCUGAAGCUGCACUCCAUCACCAAUAAGCUCCUGGAUCGUGUGGAACACAUCGAAAAGGUGGUGUCUGUGAACAACACCACAGAUGAGGUGAAGCCCAAGGGGAGUCCUCCUAUUGAUGCAAAUGUGACUGAAAGCCCACCCACCACGACUCUACCUCCUCCUCCUCUUCCUCCUCCUCCUCCUCCUCAGCAUCAGGACAAGAACAAACUCAGUGAUGUCAGUGGAGCAGCAGCCUAUCAGAGGCCAGAGGGAAAGUAUGAGGAGAAGUUUAUUGGGGAAAGUUUGUCCUUCCAGCAGACAGAUGGUUCUGCUCAGAUCAUCGAGAUGAAACCGGAGGUGACUCCCAACAACCCGGCUAACAAGGAGGCUUCUCAGGUGUCGAAGGUCGGUCCCAACGGCAUGAUCAUCAGAGGAAUGACUUUUUAUAAAUCUGAGCCGGAUCCAAUGGUGGCAGAUGACGGGGAACCAGGAGAGAACUUUUUUGAGUAUCAUGGGUUCAGUGGUGAUGGCCCAAUCAACAUCUUCAUUGAAGAGAAUCUUCUCCAGCACAAAGUCCCUAGCCCCAGAACAAGGGCGGGACCAAGAUCAUUCCGACCAAAGACAACCCCUCCUUUGCAUGGUUCAGAGAAGACCAGCCAAUCAACAAAACCAAAGGAGUCCAGGUCAGAAAUGUCUGACUCCCUCGGACCCUUUGAAAGCACAUCACAUCAUUCUUCAGAAGCAAAGAUUGUCGCCUCCAAGAGGAGAAGUGUCACGUCUGUACCAUCCACUGCCACACGAAACACCAGGACCACAGAGACUACACCUCGGACUACCCAAAGAGUCACGGCUAGGAUGACUGAAUCACCAAACCCCUUGAUGGAUGAACCAGCACGUACCCGUCCAAGCAUCACUGCCAAGAAAACAAUGGCAACUCUAAUGAGCCCAACCCACCCCUCUGAAAAAAUAGCCCCCAAGGAAAUCCCACUUGCAAGAAAUACCGCAGCCACCAUGAUGAAAACAUCUAUCGUGAAACUUAAGGAGCAAAUGACAACUGUCUCAGGCAGAACUGCAGCUAUUCCAAGCACACGUUCACCAAAUCCAACUACAGAGGCAUCAACUUCCUCCAGCUCCAUCACAACCCACGCCGCCGUGACCUCGGCGCCAGUACACCCUAUGGAAUCUUCCACAGCAGCUACUUUCAUAACUCCAGAGGAAGAAAGCAAAUCCACCUUCUUCUCAGAUACAACUUUGCCUCCUACUACACAGAGAGCGACCACUCAGACAAUUACCACCCCUACGACUACGUCUGCUACCGCCACCAGCACCAGCACCAGCACCACCACCACCACCACCACCACCACCACCACCACCACCACCAGUAAGGCUCCCCAAGUGAAGCAGAGAUACAAAAUCAGAUGGGAGGAGGAAGAGGGGGAGGAGAAAAGACAGGGAUUAGAUGAACAAAUGCAAAGACAUGAGGAAUCGGCGUCAAAAAAACCUGGGGAGUGUAAGGACACUUUGGCCACGAUCUCCGAGCCAGUCACUCACAACACCUAUGGCAGGACCGAGGGAGCGUGGAUGAAGGAUCCGAAGUCUGACAAUAACAAAAUUUAUGUUACAAACUUCUUUUAUGGAAACAACCUCCUCGAGUUCCGCAACAUGGAGGUUUUUAAACAAGGCCGUUUCAGCAACUCCUACAAGCUUCCUUACAACUGGAUCGGCACCGGCCAUGUGGUCUACGACGGAGCCUUCUUUUACAACCGGGCCUUCUCCCGUGACAUCAUCAAGUAUGACCUGCGGCAGCGCUACGUGACCUCCUGGACCAUGCUGCACGAUGCCCUGGUCGAGGAGUCCUCGUCGCCGUGGGAGUGGCGCAGUCACUCAGACAUCGACUUUUCCGUGGAUGAGAGCGGCCUGUGGAUCAUCUAUCCGGCGCUGGACGACGAAGGCUUCCUGCAGGAAGUGAUCGUCCUGAGUCGACUGGACCCCUCGGAUCUCAGCAUGAAGAGGGAGACCACCUGGAGGACUGGGUUCAGGAGGAACCGCUAUGGCAACUGCUUCAUUGUGUGCGGCGUCCUCUACGCUGUUGACAGCAACAACAGAAGAGAGGCCAACCUGGAGUACGCCUUCGACACGCACACAAACACUCAGAUGAUUCCCAGAAUGCCCUUCAUCAACAACUACACCUACACCACGCAGAUUGACUACAAUCCAAAAGAGGGCCUGCUGUAUGCAUGGGACGAUGGACACCAAGUCACGUACAACAUUACGUUUGCUUAUGUAGACCCUUAGUAAGGGUUAUAAAGUUAUUU